UUUGGAUUCACAAAAGAUAUUAGAAAAUAAUGCACUUGCAAGAGCUGUUAGUCUUAUCAAGUCUUGAGACGUCUCUUUCUUCAGAAUUUCUUUUACCUUUCUUUUUGAUACUGCCUUGCUUGGGGUUACCAUUUUCUUGUGUGCUGGCCAGUCCAUUCUCUUGGGGUUUGACUUCAACUUCUGGUGCUUUGGCGCUUGAUAAGUCCCGAGAAAUAGGCGCUGAUUUUAUGUAUUCUAACUCAUCUAGAUCAACAACUAGUCAGAUUUUUGUCACUCCACAAUCGCUGACUUUCUGGGUUUCAUCAAAGCAUGGGAAAUUUAGAUCCGGCUCUCCGCUGUUCUUGGCAAACCUGAACUUGCUCUUCUCAGGACUAUUAGAAAUCUUAAUGUCAUAUCCUUUAUCUGUAAGCUGGCUAUUGAACAUUUUUGCAGAUUUUGGUAAAAGUUCUUUAAACUUUAGCUUGUCAGAUAUUUCUAUCUCUCCGACAAGAUGGAUGAGAUCCUUAUCAUUCUCACUUUUGGCAUUGAAUUCACUUGACCCGAUCCGUGUGUGUACCUUCACUUUAAUGAACUUCAUCUGGGAGGGAAUGGAAUCACUGUUAGUGCCGUUUUUAGGUUUGUUGUCUUCAAGCUCUUGGAGUUCUUUUCCAAAAUCGAAAUUUCCUUUGACUUUUGCUUUUCUUUUGGCCAUCUUUUUCUCAUAGUACAUUCUUCUUCUGUCCAUUACUUCCUGAGCCUUCCUCUCCUUAGUCUCAUCAUCACUGUAAUCAGAGUCAUUUUCAUUGAUCUUGCCUUGGUCGUCUUCAUUCAUUUUAAUUUUUCUAUAAAAAGAUUA